UUACAUUUACGAACGUAAAAUACUUUACGAUUAUUGAAAAUGUAUAUGUAUACAUCAUAGAGGUUACAGAUACAUGUCAAGUUUUGGAACACCUUGAUUCCUGCAACUACAAUAUACAAUAAACGCGUUUAUUUUUUCAAAGUUUUAUUCUCUGAUUUAUUUAUACACAAUUUGCGUAAGGUGAAGUACCACACUUUGUGACAAUGCCAAGUAAAAAGAAAAAAUAUAAUGCACGUUUUCCAGCAGGCAGAAUAAAAAAAAUUAUGCAAACUGAUGAAGAAAUUGGAAAAGUUGCACAACCAGUGCCGAUUAUAAUUUCUAGAACAUUAGAACUGUUUGUACAUUCAUUACUUACAAAAUCCAUGGAAAUUACAAAUGCUAAAAAUGCCAAAACUUUGAGUCCUUCUCAUAUGAAACAAUGUAUUUUAUCAGAGAACCGCUUUGAUUUUUUAAAAGAUUUAGUAAAUUCUUUACCAGAUGUAUCAGGACCUGAUGAGGAAGUACCUACACCACCUCUAACUCCUGCUCCAAUGAAUACAAAUGUAUCAAAUACAUCAACUUAUUUACCUACAAUACAACAGCCAGAUACAGGAUUUUCAAAGCAGGAGAUGGGAUUAACUACUAAAGUAAAGAAAGAAACUGAAAAUGAAGAAAACAGUGAUGGAACUAGAAUAUAUAAUCCAGAUACUCGUAAUGAAAUGGUAAAAAAUACUGUACCUCAAGUUCCAGAAUUUCAAAUGUCUGUGCCUCCAUCAUUUCAAAUUAGUCAACCUAAUUUUUAUACAGAAGUUAAACCUAUGAAUUUAAGUACAAAUACAUCAAGUGUAAAUACAAAUAAUCAACCAACAUCAAAUUUUGCUCAUACUGCUACUUUGGAUGAAGAUUAUGAUACAUAGUUAUUCAUAAAAUAUUAGAAAUACGAAUUUAAAAUUAAAUUAAAACAAUAAUUGAAGUAUGCGAUCAUAUAAUGUCAUCAAAUUUUAUUCAGACAAUUUAUAAUUUACAUUAUAUGAACAGUUUCGUUACUUAUAUAUAUUUACUUCACUAAUCAUAAAUUUUUAUAUUUUUGUAUUUGUUCUGUUAAAUUAUAAAUUUUAUUCAGACUAGUUAAAACUACAUAUUUCCUAUUUAAAAAUGUUUUGUACGACUCGAUUAUCGUAAAACACUCAUAUUUUAAGUACUUUAUAUUCAUGUAUACACAUCUAUAAUAAGUAACAAUAUUUGGAUUUACACAGUUGCUGCGUACUCUAAAUAUAUAUGCAUUAAAGAUAAUCUAGAUACAGUUCUCCUCUGUUUAUACAUUUAUAAAUAUAUAUUGUACAUUUAUGUAGGUACAAAUACAUUUACUUAUUAGGAUGUAGGUAGUUAGGCUUACAUUUUAUAAUUGGCAAAAUUUUCUACUUGUACCUCAUUUAGUUCAUAUCUUAGAAUAUUUGUGAUUUGCAACAUUAUGUAUGCAAUAAUAAGCUUUAUAACUAAGACUUUUUACCUGCAUAAAAAUAAAUUUGUAUAAGGAAGAGAUGGUAUCUUACAUAUAUUUAGGAAGAUAUCUUAUAUAUAUUAACAAUACUUAAGAGAAUUGAUUUUAAAAGAGUGGCAUUGACAAAUAUUUCACAAAAUAUUUAUGUAAUUAUAUACUUAUUUGAACAUACAUACGUUGCAAAGUUAUAUAUUAAACAUGAUGACUGAAACUAUUAAAUUUUUCAGUAGUUCAAUAUAUGCACAACAAUUAAAUAAGAAUAGACUAUUAAAUUCUAUAAAAACUCAAUUGUGAUAUUAUUUUAUUUAUAUGAAACAAAUUACACUUUGGUCAUUUAUUGAACAAAUAUAUUAAUUUUUGAAAAUUUCUUACAAAAAGACAUUAUUAUGAGAUGUUUAAAUAUGUAAAUAAUUAAACUUUAAUUACGUAUUUUAAAUCUAGAAAAUGUUUUCUUAGUAAAAUAGAAUAAAAUAAUUGUAAAUAUCUUUAUACAAAAUACAAAAUCUGAAAAUAUUGUAUUUAUGGUAGAAUAUUUAAUAUAAUAUUCGCACACUCGUUUAAAAAUAAAAAAAAUUGAGCAAUGAUUAUGUAAAGAGUGUUAAAAAUUAGUAAAAAAAUGUGUGCUAUAUAUGCUUAUAUAUGUGUAUAUUUAUAAGAGUAAUAUUUUGUUUCAUAAAUUGCUUGUAAUGUGUGGUAAAAUGUUCAAAUAAAUCGUAUCUAUCUCAAUAGUAACAGGAUAACA